AUGGCAAGUUCAAAUAAAACCAGAAACAACUUCACGUCAAAUAAUCAAGCAGUAUGCACAAGAACAAAUCAAAUCCUUGCCCUGAUUCUAAUUACAGUUACAUUCUUUCUUACAAGAAUUUUCAAUCAAUCUUGCCCUAAUAAUUACUCUUCCACCUCUUCUAUCAGCAAAUCAUCAUCAUCAUCGCAGGAUCUUUAUUUUGUUAAUAAUGCUUGGCCUAAUAGAGGUUUUGGAAAUCAACUUUCUUUGAAGAUCUAUGUUUAUGAUGAGAAUGAAAUUGAUGGUCUUAAAGAGUUGAUGUAUGGCAGAGAUGGGAAAAUUACUGUCGAUUCUUGCUUGAAAGGCCAAUGGGGAACUCAGGCUGAGCUUAUGGCCAGUGUAUUUGAUGCCAUUGAGGAAGAAGAUAAGGUAGCUGAAAAUGAUGUUAAAAUCCAUCAGCUGCUCCUUAAAUCGAGGUUUCGUACAUUGAAGAAAGAGGAUGCGGAUCUGUUCUUUGUUCCGACUUAUGUGAAAUGUGUUAGGAUGAUGGGUGGUCUGACUGAUAAGGAAAUAAACUCAACAUAUGUCAAGGUUUUGAGUCAAAUGCCAUAUUUUCGAUUAUCAGGUGGGCGCGACCAUAUAUUUGUUUUCCCCAGGUUUUCUUGCAUUGAUGUAUGGUUUCUUCUCUUGAAUGACACAGUGGUGCCGGAGCUCACAUUUUCAGAUCUUAGCCGAAAUACUUAA